UAUGCACCAUAUGAUGGUAUACUUGGAAUGGCGAACGGCUUGACAUCCCCGCUUGGUUAUGCACAACCGAUGGAGCAAAUCUUCCAUAGUUCCAAAUGUCCUGAGAAGGUGUUCGCGUUCUGGAUGAACCCAAAUGAAGAGUCAGAAAAUGGUGGCGAGCUGACGCUUUGUGGCAUUGACCACUCACAUUAUACGGUCACCUUUAGCACUGGUGAGUUGGCAUGGAUUCCGGUCAUCUCAUCAAACGCUUGGCAAGUUCCAAUAGAUGCUGUCAACAUUGGCGAUCAAGUAAUAGGCACACAAAUGGAAGGUUUGUUUGACACUGGAAGCGCUCUGAUAGUCGUACCAUCUGCCCAAUAUUAUCAGAUAGUAGCUGCUGUGGGUGCUCAGUAUGACGGUGAGCGAUUCUGGACAUACUGUAUGUAUGUUGACUGGCAAUUACCGCUAACUUUCACAUUCAAUGGAAAACAAUACGAUAUUCCCGCUAGUGCUUAUUGGUUGACGGUGAGGAAUGGUUAUCUUAUUAUUCACCACAUUGAAAUUCAAUGCGAUAUGCUUGAUCGCCCAUGA